AAGUAUUAUAUUGUUUUGUAUUUCUAUGUCGCUUUGGACAAAGGCAUCCGCCGUUGCCAAAUCACAUAACCAUAAUAACCAUAUAAAUUGAAUGGCCAAGGCGUGGCGUUUGUGUUUGACGUACGGCCCGGAAAAAAAAUACCACAAGGGUCAUGUUUGGAGGGUUGGGUCUCACAGGCGAGCUAGCUGGCUAGCUUCCCUGUCAAGCGAUUUGUGCUUGUGACUUUUGAUUUUACAAGACGCAAGAUUACGGGGGGAGGCUGACCUUUAUAUCGGUUUCCCCCCCGGAUCUGGAGACAUGGAGUCACCUACAGAGGCAGAACUUUUGGAACGCAGGAGGGAGCUUUGGAAGCUGCUGUCCAGCCUGAAGACCACAGUGGAGGGGCUGCUGUCCACAAACAACCCCAACGUGUGGUCGCGCUACGGAGGUCUUCAGCGGCUGCACAAAGACAUGAGCAGCAUUCUGAGUCAUGGGCUGAAGAAUGAACAGGUGUAUAACAAGCAGAAGGACUACUGGCGUUUUGUGUGGUGUGUUCGGUACAUCAGCCCCCACCUGGCCUCACAUGUGGAACAGUUCAGCCAGCUGGAGCCAGUGCUGAGCAGUGGCGUGCAGGCCCAGGGUGAGAGCUACAAGGCAGAGCGCUGGCUCCUACACAGCCUGCAGGGCCACCUGCUCUCUGCCCAACUCAAGCCCCUGCUCAAACACCACAACAACACCCGCAAAUAUUACAACGAUGAGGCGUUUGUGCUGAGCGAACCCCACGUCUCUGCAAUGUUCCAGUGCUUGGAGGCCGUGGAGCAGAAUGACCCGCGACUACUGGCUCUCAUCGACACCGUCAGACUCUCCCAUCUGAAGGAACCCUCCUCGCUGGGCCUACUGAAGAGCCAGAGCUUGUGUCUGCUUCCGGGGGCCAUGGGAGCCUGGAGGACGCCAGAGGCCCAGAACGGGCUGUCGCGCCGCAUGACCACGUCCCAGUGCUCCCUGAGGGAGGCGUCGGUCGUCACGCCCCUGGGUCUGGCCGAGAGCAUCUCAGGCGCUGCGAGCCGGCAUACGGAGGUGUCGGACGGUGCAGUUGGAGCUCCGUGGGACUGCGCUGGUGGUGGCGUCUCUGGGGAGCAGCAGCAUCAUCCGUCCUGCUCUGUGCCCCACAUCUCACUGACUGAGCCCCCGGCCGGGGUGGGGGUGGGGACGGGGGUAGGGGUGGGGACGGGGGUGGGCGUUUCGUCAUCAGAGGCGCUGGAGCUGGACGACGGACCGGAGUACCUGGCCAUCGGGAACCUGGGCCAGCGCAGCCGGCGGCGGGACUCGCACAGCUCCACGCGGAGCAGCGAGCAGGGAGAGGGCAGCCGUGGCGGUGAAGAGCCAGUGGGGGGAGGGCAGAGUCUUGCCACCGCAACGGUGCCACGGCGAUGCUCCUUCUCGGAGGGCCAGCGGGGACCGGGACUGGCACACGGCAGGGGUCACACACGGUCACUAUCUGACACUGGGCUCACGCAGAAGAGAAGGCUUGAGUCGGCUGUUGAUGACGCCUGUGGGAAGAGCUAUGACCCCUUCUCCCCCCACAGCAGUGAACGUAGCAGCCCUAGCUCUCUCUACAUGGAAUCCAGUGUAGAUGGCUCCCAGUACAGCAGUGUCCCAGAUGGCAUGUUUCGGAAGCCGUCGGAAGGCCAGAGUCUCAUCAGCUACCUCUCAGAGCAGGACUUCGGGAGCUGUGCAGACCUGGAGAAGGAGAACGCUCACUUCAGUAUCUCGGAGUCGCUGAUCGCUGCCAUCGAGCUGAUGAAGUGUAACGUGCGCCGGCAGCAGGAGGCCGAGGAGGAGGGCGACAGCGACAAUGAGAUCCAGCAGCUCAAGCAGAAGAUUCGUCUGCGCAGGCAGCAGAUCCGUCGCAGCCGGCUGCCGCCCAACAGCCUCUCACACCACGCAUUCCAUUCCACAGACAGUGGAGGAUCCUGCCGGAGCUCCCAGGAUUCUGUUCACCUGUCGGACUCUGGCUCUGCUGGAGAGGUGGAGGAGUGUGAGCUGAAAGAUGGCUGCGGGUGCGAGGCCUUGAUGGUGGUUUCUCAGAGUGGCCUAUCCCUGUCACUCGCUUCCCUCUUCUCAGAUGCAGACAUCAAGAGAAGCGUGACGUCAAGCAGCAGAUCCUUUCUCAGCUCUGAGUCCAUAUCCCCUAGCUUCCUCCAGUCCAACUCUGCAGAGUCCGUGGCCAUGGGGCUCCUACGGCAGUUUGAAGGCAUGCAGCUCCCAGCAGCCUCAGACCUGGACUGGCUGGUACCAGAACAUGAUGCUCCUCAGAAGCUCCUCCCCAUUCCGGACUCUCUCCCCAUCUCCCCUGACGACGGCGAGCACGCAGACAUCUACAAGCUGCGGAUACGAGUGAGAGGCAACCUGGAGUGGGCUCCCCCACGACCUCAGAUCAUUUUCAACAUCCACCCCGCUCCAAAGAGGAAGGUUGUGGUGGCCAAGCAAAACUACAGAUGUGCUGGAUGUGGAACGCGCAUUGAUCCAGAUUACAUCAAAAGGUUGCGCUACUGUGAGUACCUGGGCCGUUACUUCUGCCAGUGUUGCCAUGAGAACGCCCAGGCGGUGGUGCCAGGCCGCGUGCUGCGCAAGUGGGACUUCAGCAAAUACUACGUCAGCAACUUCGCCCGUGACCUGCUCGGCAAGAUCGCAGGGGACCCCCUCUUCAACCCCAAUGACAUCAACAGUGGCCUCUACAAGAAAGUCAAAGCACUGGAGACUGUCAGGGUUUUAAGAGUUCAACUGUUCCACAUGAAGAACCUCUUCAAGACAUGUCGCUUGGCCAAAGAUGUGUUAGAUCAGUUUGACUCUGUCCCAGGCCAUCUGACGGAGGACCUGCACCUGUUCUCGCUGAAUGACCUAAGUGUGGUGCGCAGUGGAGAUCUGGCCCCGAGGCUGCGUGAGCUGCUACGGCAAGGCUCCACCCACGUGGCCAGCUGUGUGCUGUGCCAGGCUAAGGGCUUUGUCUGUGAGUUCUGUGGCAACGACAAAGACAUCAUCUUCCCCUUUGAACUCAACAAGUGCGAACGCUGCGAAGACUGUAAGGCGUGCUACCACCGCAUCUGCUUCAAGGGUGGCAAGGAGUGCCCACGGUGCCAACGCCUGGCGGCACGGAGGAGGAGCAUGGCACAGAGGAACAUGGAGGAGCAGGAGGACCUGGAGGAAGACCAGGGGGGAGGGGGGGGCUGAGCCGCCAUGGAAACAGGUGAAGGAGGGAGUGCAUGGACAGAGAAGAGUACUGACCCAGCCUUUCUCUCUCUCUCUCUCUCUCUCUCUCUCUCUCUCUCUCUGGUCUCUCUCUCUCUCUCUCUCUCUCUCUGAGUACAAACCCAGCCUUUCUCUCUCUAUCUCUGAAACUGAAACAGAAACAGAGUACUAUGUCCAACGAAGUGGCUUACUGGGCGAUUAUGCCAGAAUCUGAUGAAUGUCAACCUUACUUCACAACCUUUUUUUGUUUUUUCAUUUAAUGUGUUUGAGAUGUAAUAUAAUAAUCGUGUUUAAAUAUGUUUUUUAUGGCUUGUAAAUUCACGUAUGAAAAUGUUCUGCCUCAUUAAUUUAAGUUGAUUUUCUUUUCUUUUUCUUUUUUUUUUAAAUUUGGCGGUUUAAAAGCAAAAAAUCUACUAAAAGCACUGAGAAUCCUGUUAUAAUAUUGUUAUUGUCAUAAAAACAUCUUAUGGGGUUAUAGGAAUAUUAAUCACAGAAAUGUCUGUCUGCCUCAGUUCAGUGGUCCAUUGUUUCUCAGCUGCUUGACGUUUUUGGAAGGACUCAUGUUUGCUUAUAUUCCUAGCUAUUCUUGAGCAAUAUCAAGAUAUUGGUCUGAUCGUUCUUGUUGCAGGCUUUUUUUGCCUGUGUGUGUGUGCGCGCGCAUGCGAAAUGUAAAUGCUUGAAAUAUGUGUGCACCAGUUGAAGUGGCCCCCACGCCAGCCUUGUGUGCUAAAGCAAUGCCGCUGUCAUUGGGGUCCUGCUGUGUUUUAUUGCACUGGUAUUUUGAUAAGAGUGCUGGCUUCUAUUUCAUAGCUAUGGUAUGUUUCUGACCUCCUGGACCAGUUCAACCAGUUCACCAGCUGUUAUGGUCAUGGGUAUCUCUGAAACUGAUACCUUUCAUUUGUCUAUUAUGGUCAUGGGUAUCUCUGAAACUGAUAUUCAUUUGUCUUGCUUUUAAGGCCAGAGUCUGUGAAUAUACUUAAAGGCAUCUAUCUUGGAGCAAAACAGUCUGACAAACAUUUUUGCUUUUUCCUGAUGUGAUCCUGCGAUUUAAAACUUCCAAACUGCAUGUUGUGCUGUUUGAUCCUUCACCAGCCUUAAGCCAACUACCUGGAAACUGGUUUUAAAUGGUCACUUGGUAAGCCAACUACCUGGAAACUGGCUUUAAAGGGUCACUUGGUAGUGCGGUGCUCAAGCAUUUUCUUGCAGACAGUAUCUCACUCUGGUAGUGGGUCAGAUAGGAUCUGCUCCAGAAUCCACUGCUGUACUUGAGAGAACCAUCUCCCAUGCUGUGGUGUCACAGCACCCCCCUACGGGUGGAGACCAGCAAUAACAACAUACUUCCCCCCCCCCAUUGCCAACGGUUGAAAGCCCUUAUUUGCACUGACACAGGGUGAUGUGACAUGGGGUAAGAAUGAGCACGUGUGUGUAUGUGUGUGAGUGAGAGAGACACACACAGGGUGAUGUGACAUGGGGUAAGAGUGAGCAGGUGUGUGUAUGUGUGUGAGUGAGAGAGACACACACAGGGUGAUGUGACAUGGGGUAAGAGUGAGCACGUGUGUGUAUGUGUGUGAGUGAGAGAGACACACACAGGGUGAUGUGACAUGGGGUAAGAGUGAGCAGGUGUGUGUGUGAGAAGGUGAAGAGGCUGCUUAUGAAUUGUGUUCAUAUUUUAUUGUGGCUGUUGUCCAUUUUAAAGCCUGCUGACCGCCGCCCCAGUGUGUGUGUGUGUGUGUGUGUGUGUGUGUGAGACACACACUGGGUGAUGGCUGUUGUCCAUUUUAAAGCCUGCUGACGGCCGCCCCAAUUGCGCCCCCUGCUGACGGCCGCCCCAGUUGCGUGGGGUUCUUUUUGUUGACGGCCUUUUUUAUGUAGAGGCCUAUUGUAAGAUUAAGUGCACUACUGAUAAAAAUGUGUUUUAAUAUAAAUAUUAUUAAAUACUAUUGUUGGACAAUAAAAUACUAAUUUGACUGUU